AUGCAGCGCGUGUCAGCCUUUCUGCCCUCGUGGGACAAGCGAAAUUCCAAUUCCAACUCCAACUCCAACUCCAACUCUGUUGCUGCUUCCGCUGCCGCAGCUCAAAAACCAAGCGGAUUAUUCGGCUGGGCCGGCCGCAACAACAAUUCCAAUAAUAAUAACUCCUCGACAAGCAAGCAAUUAGCCCGCAUCAAUGUUGCUGCUGCCAAUAAUGGCCGGGUUCAGCGGGAGGCCUUCUGGCCCUCAACACUCGACAUGGAAUGCGUCAAGGCAGCACGCAUUCUAAAGUCAUUUUGCUCCGAUGGAUACCUUGCUCCAGUAGAUGGUGACAAUCCAACACCAACUUCUGACGAUCAAACUCCCGUCACAAUCACUAAAAAGAUACCCAAGCGUAUAAUACAAAAUGCCGCUGGCAUCGCAGUCUUCACAUGUAUGCGGAGCGGGCUCUGGAUGACUGGAUCCGGCGGCUCCGGCAUUCUUAUUGCUAGAAAGUCGGACGGAACGUGGUCGCCGCCCUCUGGUAUCAUGCUCCAUACCCCGACCCUCAGCUUCAUAAUCGGUGUCGACGUCUACGACUGUGUUCUCGUUGUCACAAACCUUUCUGCUCUGGAGUCAAUCACCCGACCCCGAGUAACCCUCGGGGAGGAUAUCGCUAUGAACAAUGGGCCAUCCGUUCCCGUGGAUGCCGACGAUGUCAAACUCACCUGGAAGGAUCUCGACAAUACCGUUUUAGCCUAUAUGAAGGCCCGGGGUCAAUACCAAGCUGUCAAUCUGCAGGGCUGCAUUCUUACCGAACGAGCCAACGAAAACGAACGCUUCUACGGCGUCGAUGUAACGCAAAUGGAUAUUCUGGCCGGCAAUGUGGCGCGACAUGUUGAGGAGACUAGACCGCUAUUCGAAGUUAUCAAGAUGGCUGAAGGUCGAACAGACUACGACAAACUCAUCAUUGAGCAGACCGCCAUCGAGUGCGCCCCCAGCGACGCUGUCAUUGCUACACCAAAGUCUACCCCGGCCUCUCCGCGUCCUGCUUUUGGAAUCCCCAAACCUGAUGAUCCUGACCCAUUUGGUGUCCUUGCGUUGGAAAUGGCCGGCCUCGAGAUUCGGGAAGCCGGCUCUCGAUUGCGACCAGCAAGUAGCCAAUUUGAAAUCAAUUCCAACCCUCGGAGCCCGACGCUCUCCAAGUUUGGACGCCAAAGUGUGGAUACUUUUGUUAGCAAAAGCAACCGAGCCAGUGUGAUGUCUUCGCGCACUGUAAAAAGUCAGAUGACGGAUGCAGGGACACAAACUGGUGGUGGUACAGCAGAAACAACACCUAGUCCAGGCCAGAGUGAGGAUGGCCACGAAAGGACCUCCAUUGACCGCAUACCGGAGGCGAAAGAGGACGAAGAAGUCGACUACACCACCGUUGAUUUCUCGCCUCUGAGACAUCUCAGCCAGCAGCACUCCAUUGAUUUGGUCCUUCCCGAGGAAGAGCCUGCCAUUCCUCCCAGGAACAAACUUCGGGCUUCUAUGCAAUCAUCCCGCCAAAGCACAGAAGUCGACGUGUCAACUAAAGCUCCAGCCAAGGAGGAGGAGGAGGAAGACGAGGCCGAAUAUGACACCAACGAUGCUGACGAUGAGGAUGACUUGGAUGACUCUGACGAAGAGCCAGUUGUGUUCGAGGUGGCCCAGGUCCAACCUACUCGGACGACGGCAGUCGCCUCACGAAUGAUUCAGGCAAAAGGCAACGUGGUUAAUAUUCCCAAGCGACUCCCGCCCCCACUCCCUACAAGGAGCCCAGCGAGAAACUCGAGAUCCAUGCGAAGCGAUCUGGGUGCUGAGGCGUCCGCGGUCUUGAGCCCCCUGCGCCAGGCGUUUAGCGAAGCGGACCUACGCGCUGAUGAAGACGGUCCACAGGAUGGUCAUGUCCAACGAAAUUCGGAAAGAAUUGAGACAAGCAAGUCUGCUGAUCUUAGUCAAAUUCAAAGCAAGAGUGUGGACAAUGUCGACUUGAAGGUGAACACGGAGGUAGCUGGGCAAUCCGCAGAAGAAGCUCAAGUAGAUGAAGGCGUUCAAGUGACACCUUCCAUCGAUGCGGUCAUUAUGCCAGGUGCUCUGCCACUGGAUGACUCGAUGGAGAGCCUUGCAAAGAGCGGCGAGGUGGAAGCGGAAACAGGGUCGAGGGAAUCCGAACAAGUCCAGGCCAUCUACCCAGAAGACAUUCCGCUGCCUGAUGAUACAGACGUUGAGGACUUAACCUCCAAGCCUGACGCACCAGAAUCGGACUUUGCUUCGGCUGAGGAGCGAGUGACGGAGGAUGAUGAGUCCAUCAAAACUCCUGUUGACAACUCAGACUCUACUACGAGCAAGAAGCACACCUCUUCCAUCUACACUGGUAUGACAGAAGACCGUUGGAGUCUCGACCGUUCAUCCUUGACCACUCCUACCUCCGAACGCCCAUUGUCAGUGGCCGAGUAUUCAACCGAAGAAGACACUCCAAAGAAGGCUGCCCGAGAGGCGGGGUUGGAAGCGGAAGCGCAUGAGAAGAAGCAGGCGACCAGCAAUCCGCUCGAGCGGCCAUCUCAAACGACGAUUACAUCCGCUUAG